AAGCAGUAAUCAUCAGUGUCCCUCCUUUUUUUAUUCCCCCCCAAGACCCUGCACUCAGUGAGCUUGACUUUUGCUUCUCCUCUAAAUCCAUGUUUUUCUUGCUUUUAGUUUUCCAAAUUUUUGCUUGAUAGUCUCUCUCUCUCACCGUUCUCCUUCUGCUUUACCCAAAUCGAGAUGGAAUACCAAGAUCAGAGAAAGAAUCACCUUCCAGGGCAUGAGAGCCAUGGAGUUCAUCUGUGUCACAAAUGUGGAUGGCCUUUUCCAAACCAACAUCCUAGUGCAAGACACAGGCGUGCACACAAGAGGGUUUGUGGAACCCUUGAAGGUUAUAAGUUGCUCGAUGCGGAGGGGGCCAUCCAUUCUGAUGAUGAGCACCUCUCUGAUGAUGAUCGCAAGACACCCAGUCCCAAGUUCUUGGAGAGAGAUGUCGUGGAGAAGGGCACUGUUGGAAUUACAGAAGGAUCAACUAGGCAAGGAGAUGAAAAAUCUUUGGAGACUGGUAGAGAUCUGGCAGACAAUGUGGAAAAGAUCACUAAGAAUGAUCCCGAGAUUGCACCAUCGCUUAAGAAUGGUACAGUUGCUGGCCAUCUAGAUGACAGCAGCAAAAUGAAAAAACCUGAAAUUCCAGAAAGCAUGGCCAUUCUGGCGGGUACUAUUCCAAAAACAGAGGAUCAUAUCUCAAGCUCUACCAUCAAUGCCGCAGUGUGUUCUUUGUCAGAUAGUAGAAAAGAAGAAUCUGCUAGUGAGGUUAGUGAUGAUAAAAGUUCUGCGUUUGGUGUAAAACCCAUCAUUUCCGAAACACCCAGAGAUGUAUCACAAGAAUCUGAUAAUAUAGGCGCUGAUGCGGGUACUGCUAACUGCUCUGCGCUAUAUCUUGGAGAGGAGACCAAUGCGAAGGAGAAGGAGCAGACUAAUUUAGAUAGGAACUACCCUGAUGAUUUGGUGUCUUUGACUGACAGUGCAGGUGAAACAUCUGUCGCUGUGCCUGUGGUACAGAAGACAGAGGAAAUAAUUACAGAUUUUGGGCCAGCUGAUGAAAUUCUUCAAUUGAAAGAAGAACAUACUGAUGGCUUGGAUACCAGUAUGUCUAUAAGUGAACUUUCCCAUAAAGUUGAUCAUGUUGCACUUGGGAAUUCUUCUAUUGAUGCAUCUCAGAUCAAGGAUGCUGGUCAAGGAGUAGCCUUUGCCAGUUCUGGUCAUUCAAGCAAGGAUUCCAAUGGAAAAGAAGAUGACAAUGAAAAUGUAUUUGUGCUUUCAUUGCCUGAUGAUAUAACCGUAGUAGACGAGGCUGAGAACAUGAUUAGGGGUUUAAGAGAUAUGAGUUCACAUCAAUCUCUAAACUUGGAGACAUGUGAAAUGAUUACAGAUCAGAAAGAUGACGCUAAAGAUUCUGUACCUAAGAGCGAUUUUACUGAUCUUCAAUCAUGCGAUUUUAAAGAAAGUUCUGAAUUCUCUGCUUCUGAAAUGUCUAUGUUUGAAAAUGACCUUAAACAACAAUGUGGGAGCAGUAAGCCUAUUGAGGGAGAAGUGCCAGUUCAGAAAGAUGACGCUAAAGAUUCUGUACCUAAGAGUGAUUUUACAGAUCUUCAAUCACGGGAUUUUAAUAAAAGUUCCGUAUUCUCUGAUUCUGAAAAGUCUGUGUUUGAAAAUGACCUUAAACAACAAUAUGGGAGCAGUAAGCCUAUUGAGGGAGAAGUGCAUGUUCAGAAAGAAGAUGAUAGGCUUCAGAUGAAGGUCACAACAAGUGAAACCCAGGUCUCAGGUGACUUAGAAUCAGGUGUUUAUGCACUGGUGACUGACAGACAAAAAGUCCAGGAAGUUUAUCCUCCUGAAGAUAAGAACCCUCAUGAUUACUGUAACCAGGAGAAAGCAAUUGAAAAAUCUGAUGUAGAUAUUGAUGACAAUAUUGGAAGAGUUGGAAAGGAAGAUCAUGCAGGAAGCACAAUUAUAACUGACUCUGCUACGAAAUUUGUGUCAACACCUGAGGAAAAUGUUUCACUAAAGGCUGAAGCAACACCGAUUAGUCUUCAUGAAUAUCAAAUUGUCCCAGACGAUGUAUUGGAUGUGUCCAGGAUGAAGUUGAAUGUAGAUUGCUGUCAUCUGAGUAAAGCCACGGAUGUAGUACCGGCAGAAUGUGUUGGUGGGACAACUGCAACUGAAUCACAUGAAGUCAUGGAUACUGAAUUGUUACAGAGGGACACAAAAGGUCAAACUUUGAAAGGGCAACCAAUUCCUCCUUCAGAUGCCAAGUCAUCUGUUCAAAAUGCAGCCGCUGUUGCAGACAACUGCGACAGAGACUCUCGUGGGUGUGCCGGUGAUAUUAGAUGUGAAUCUUUACCUGGUGAAUGUGUUGACAACUCUGUUAAACAGAAGUUUGGUACAUCUACCCCUGAUGUUUCCAUUGACACAAGUAGCCAAACCGAUAGUUUGGAAGGACACUGGGGGUCUGUUUCAGUGCUUUCCACCCAAUCAGAUAUAACAGCCAUCACUGAAACUGGACCUUUUACGUCAACUGAUUUUCGAGCAUCAGCUGAAGCAGUAACUGCUAGCUUGAAGAAUUUACAAGUUACAUCUGAGGGACAACGCUCUGAUAAAUCGGAAAUUUUUGAGCCACCGUCUUUCAUGACAUUAGUUGAACCUAGAGGUUCCCAUGUUCAGACGGUACAGAACUUGCCACAUCCAGAAACUUCAUCUCCACAAUCGGGUUGGUUCCCGUCUCUCACUCAUGUUGUGAAUGAGUCACAAGGGAGGAAGAAGAAUGAACAGAUUAUUGCCAAGGUAACGAACUGGAGCACCGGGAGGCAGCACGCACCUUUGAAGAGCCUUUUGAGUGAGGCCAAGGCUGAAACCAAACCAAAGUCACCAAAUUUGAAGGAAAAUCCAGGCAUAGCUGCUACUCAGACAAAAGUGACCUCAGUUGUGGGUUCUAAUCAACCAACCACCAAGCCUGCAGGCAAAGAAAGCAAUUCUCCUCCAGAUGUUAAGGGAGAGAAAAAGAAGGUCAAGGGGAGACCAUACUGGGCACAAUUUGUUUGCUGUUCAUCUGUAGGCUCGAAGGCGUAAUUUGGAAGAUUGAUUUGUUGAACUACUGAACUCUUGCAAUACUGAAUUAUGAUAUGAGUAUUUGCCUGUAAUUUGUACUUAGAUAGGGUGGUGGUGUUGGAAAUAUAUUGUUCAUAUCUUCUGUUGCUUCACCACAUCAUUUUUAUAGCUUUGUUGGUUUGCAUUGUUUGGUUUUACACUUCUAUGCUCUCGUUGAGGCAGGUUUCUUUAUGUUAACGUCGAAGCUCAAUAGAAUUAUGUAAAAGCUAUUUUUUUUAUCAACGAGAUGGCUCGA